AUGAAUGUCAGAUUGAGAGCAAGAAGAAGCGCCGCACCACAGUCGAGCUGGCCGUCGACGGCUGCCAAGCAGCAGAUCGACGCCAUGCGGGCGGCCAAGGGCGGCCUCCAGAAGAAGCGGGCGGCCAUUCGGGAGCGGGAGCAGCGGAUGAGAGAGCGCCAGGUGGAGAUCGAUGCCCUCGACAAGGACAUCCGUAGGCGGGGCGCAAGCAAAGCGGACAACAUUACAUACGCAUACACAAAUGCGUACGUGCGUAUGUUGUCAUCGUGUGGAUGUCAGGUCGACACAAGAGGAGACAUGAUGACAUUGUGGUCAUCGCUGUCUACAUUUUAUAUCACGGAGGACUUUUAUCACUGCGCCCACGCCCAGCUGGCCCCUCAAGAGCCCCUCCUGCUGUUUUGGCCGCCUGCCAACGGCAGGUUCAUUCUCUGAUGUUGGCAGGUGAGAGGACGGGGCGGAUCCGCUAAUGCAUGCACGUGUGGUCCUCUUGCCUGUCUGUGUUGCGUCCGUCAGCUUCAGCAGCACCACUCCUUCCUGAGCCGCGUCUAUACGUCCAACAUCCACACGUGCAGAGGAGUCAUUGUGGAAAUAGGUGUGCUGACGGUGGAAGGAACCGGACCAGUGGGAGUGUUGGUGCAGAGCUGCUGGGGCGGG